AAAAUUAAUUUGAAGGUUAGAGAAAUUAAACUCCGUCGCUCCAUGUGGCUGGUCUCUACGCACAUGUAAAAGGUGAAGAACGAAUUAAAUCUUAUAAAUCAUCGAAAAUGAGCGUGGAAAUAAGACAUAUUGAUCCCAGCAAAGGCAACGGUUUGUUUGCCAAGCGACAAAUAAAAUCUGGUGAAACAAUAUUUGAAGAAAAUCCGCUUGUAUCUGCGCAGUUUUCAUGGAAUGCUGCUUAUGGAUAUAACGCGUGUGAUCAUUGUUUAAGGCCAUUGGAAACAGCAGAAGAAAACGUCCGUCGUCUCUCCGCCAAGCCAAAUAUAGUUCUUCCACAUCCAGAAUGUUGUGAGACCAACAAAACUACAAUCACUGCAUGUCCAUCAUGUGGCAUCAAUUACUGUAGUCCAGAAUGCCAACAAACAGCUUUCAAGCAGUAUCACCAGACUUUAUGCUGCCAAGGUGAGGGUGAAAAACAUCCACUACAAAUCUUGAAUGAAUUCUGGAAGCAGUGCCAUUACCCUCCAGAAACAAGUACAGUUAUGUUGAUCCCAAGAAUCAUUGCAAUGAUUCAGCAAUCUCCAACAAAAGAUGAAACUCUUCAAUCAUUUCUAAAGUUUGUCCACAAGCAUACAAAUGAAGAGGACCAAUUUGUGCACAAAAUGUUUGCAGAGAAAUUUGAAUCUGGAAUUGACACUUUAUGUGAAAUGACUAGGAACGCUGUUCCCAAUGAGGGAGUGGAGCAGUUAUUAACACCUGACGGAUAUAGAUCUAUGCUGGCGCUCAUUGGAACGAACGGGCAAGGUGUAGGUACAAGUGCUAUCAGUCGCUGGGCGCACAAUGUAAUGGUUUUGUCGGUAAGCGAUGAAGACAAGUGCAAACUGGAUAAACUGAUUGAUGAUUUGUAUGAUGCUAUGGAUGCGCACGCUGGUGUUUUCUUGAAUAACGAGGGAGUUGCUCUGUAUUCACUUCAAAGUACAUGCAAUCACAGUUGCAACCCGAAUGCGGAACCGACGUUUGUGCAUAAUAAUAAUAGAUUGUCUCUGGUUGCUUUGAAAGAUAUUGAGGAGGGUGAUGAGAUUUGUAUCAGCUAUUUGGAUGAAUGUACGUUGGAACGCUCGCGACAUUCGAGGCAGAAGAAUUUGAAAGAAAAUUAUUUGUUCUUGUGUGCUUGUGAGAAAUGUCUUGAAGAGGCUGAUCAACCGGAAAUAUCUACGGAUGAAGAAGUAGAUAUGGAAGAGAAUGAAGAUAUGAGUGAUUAAUUCAAUAAUUAAUUUUGUUAAAAUGUUCCAAGCAAUAUGAAUAUAUCAUUUGAAAUUA